GGACAGGGUAACUUGAGCGCGAUCGGCGGGAGUGAUAUUCUCUACGACUUUCCCCCAGCAGGCGGAGAGAACUGCCAUUGGCCAUGUCCCUCUGUAGGAGAGAUAAAGGGGAGGGGUGAGGAGUGGCGUCAUUCUACCUUUUGGCAUCUCUAUGAUGAAAGCCCUACAUACCUGACACUGGAAUCUAGAGUGGAAAACUAGUUCCGGUUUUCACCGGAAGUUUCGGGAAGGACCGAGUUGGGCUUUUAUCCUGCCUUAUAAAGAAUAGUAGCGGUGAGCUUGCAGGUUCUAGCUCUAUGGCAGCACUCUAACGUCCUCCGUCAUUGCUCUGGGCGGCCGGAAGCGGAAAUAGUGGAAACCACCGGCAAGGCCGGUUGGUACCCGGAAGCUACCGAAACUAUGGCGGCUGGUCGGAGUUUGAGUCGCUCGGAAAGGAAAGCGGCGGCUCGCGCCGAGUUUCUCCGGCAAGAAGAGCAGCGAGAACGACGGAUACAGGUAUCGCGGAUCCUGCACAAACCUGCGGCUGAGCGGAGCCCCGAGGAGGCUCUGCUUCUGUCUAGCUGUCAGGAGAUCGUGCGUGACCUGGAGCGGCUUCGCAAGAAGCGAGAGAGGCUGCGGCGCCGCCUGGAGGAGGUUUGUGAUGAACCUGAAGAGUUGAAGAGAAAAGUCAGUAAGCUCUCUGCAGCUGUGCAGGGAGCUAAGCACCUCAUCAUUUAUACAGGAGCUGGCAUCAGUACGGCAGCUUCAAUUCCUGAUUACAGAGGCCCUAAUGGGGUGUGGACAAUGCUGCAGAAAGGGAGGAGUAUCAGGGCUGUGGAUCUGAGUGAGGCAGAGCCCACACUCACCCACAUGAGCAUUGCCUGUUUGCACAAGCACAAACUGGUGCAGCAUGUGGUAUCACAAAACUGUGAUGGACUCCACUUGCGCAGUGGGCUCCCUCAAGAAGCCCUUUCUGAGCUGCAUGGAAAUAUGUAUAUAGAGGUUUGCACAUCCUGUACACCCAAUUGUGAAUAUGUGCGAAUGUUUGAUGUGACGGAGCGCACAGCCCUGCACAAGCACCAUACCGGCAGAGUAUGCUACAAAUGUGGGGCACAGCUAAGAGAUACAAUUGUACACUUUGGGGAGAAGGGCAUCUUGCAGCAGCCCUUGAACUGGGAGGCAGCAAUAAAAGCUGCAAGCAAAGCAGAUGUGAUCCUUUGCCUGGGGUCUAGCUUGAAGGUUUUGAAAAAGUAUCCACACCUAUGGUGCAUGAGCAAACCACCUAGACAUCGCCCUAAACUCUACAUUGUAAAUCUCCAGUGGACACCAAAGGAUGAUCUCGCAGCCCUGAAACUUCAUGGAAAAUGUGAUGAUGUGAUGAAGCUGUUGAUGGAUGAGCUGGGACUUCCCAUCCCUUGCUAUGACAGAACAAAGGAUCCCAUCUUCUCUUUAGCUACUCCUCUGCGACCUGAAGAAGAAGGCAGCCAUAGCAGGAAAGCUGUGGCCCCACCAGCAAGUCUUCAUGAAGUGCAGCUGGGAGAGCAACAACAGAUGCCUGCAGGUCCCCUUUCUGGUGGCUGGUUUGGCAGGGGCUGUGCGAAAGGCACUAAGAGAAAAAAACCCUCUUGAUAAUGGUUUUUUUUAACCUUGAGGACCAACUGAAGUUGCAAAAAUCAGGAUAAGACAUUACAUCUGCACUGGAUUUGACCAGGAUUGCUGGGCUAACUGGAAAAACACAGCUGCUAUUUUCAUGGAUGUUUUGUAGAACUACUCAGCUUGCAAACACAGGCCAAAGCCUAGCUUGGUUCCUGCUGUGUCUAAGGAGAGGUUGGUGUUUCAUACUCAGGUCUGCCAAUUAUUAAAUAUUACUUUAAAAAAUGGCUGUAGUUGUUG